AUGGAUCAAAAUGUUAGUCAUGGUGUUGAACCUGUAAACAGUAUGAAGCCUCCGAAUUCUCCAGGGGCAUUGCUUGUGGAGUGUGCAAGAUGUUUCAAAUGGAGGUACAUACCUACAAAGGAGAAGUAUGAAGAAAUAAGGGAACACAUUUUGGAACGGCCCUUCUAUUGUGAAACAACUCGUGAAUGGCAUUCUAAUAAAAAAUGUGACGAUCCACCUGACCUCACUGAAGAUGAAAGUGGACUCAAGUGGGCAAUUGAUGCGCCUAAUAUUCCUCAGCCUCCUCCAGGGUGGGAACGUAUUAUAAAAUUCAGAACAAAAAGAGACACCAGAAUUGCUGAUGUGUAUUAUAAUUCACCAUCUAAUCAGCAGCUUCGUUCCAAAAUUGAAGUUGAAAAGUACUUGGAGCAACAUCCAGAGGAUGCAACACAAAGUGCAAAGCUGGAUCAGUUCUCAUUUCAGAUCCCAAGACUACUAGAGGAAGAUUAUGUUAUAAAUGGUGGUAUGAAUUUGUAUUAG